CAACCCUGCAAAUCAGCAAUACGAAAAAAAAAACAAUUUAACAGGCCGACGAAACCCCACAAAAAACAGUAUAAAACCUAUUUAUGUUAAUCGGUAAAAAAACAAUAAAAUUUUAAUUAACUCAACAAUAGAAAAGAAACUCGAAUAAAGUGAUUUAGUUGUGGUGUAUUUCAAAAAGAUAGUCAGAAAAUGGCUUCUUUCUUAAACCUGGGAACCAACCCAUUUUCUACGCCUGUAGGCCAAAGGAUUGAACAAGCGACAGAUGGUUCAAUGCCUACGGAAAACUGGGCCGUAAAUAUGGAAAUUUGCGAUAUGAUUAAUGAAUCUUCUGAUACUGCACGUGAUGCCAUGAAAGCUAUACGAAAACGAUUGCAACAAAAUGCCGGCAAAAAUAAUCAAGUCAUCAUGUACUCUUUGACGGUUUUGGAGACGUGUGUUAAGAACUGCGGUAAAGCUUUUCAUGUGCUGGUAGCUCAGAAAGAUUUCAUACAGGAGCUAGUUAAGCUAAUCGGCCCCAAGAAUGACCCGCCUUUUGUGGUACAAGAAAAAGUGCUUAAUCUUAUACAAAUAUGGGCAGAUGCAUUCAAAAAUCAGCCGGAUUUAAAUGGUGUCACCCAAAUGUAUAUGGAGUUAAAAAAUAAGGGCAUAGAAUUUCCCCAAACCGACAUAGAAAACAUGGCACCAAUUUACACACCCCAAAGAAGCGUGCCAGAGCAACCACCUCCUCAGGCUGUUACCCAACAAGCUGUUUCGCCCCAACAUGCCGUUAUGACAGCAGCUGGAAUCCAAAGUGCGGGUCCCAACCAAUUGGCCCCUGAACAAAUUGCCAAAUUACAUUCAGAAUUGGAAAUAGUGUCAAUGAAUAUGUCGAUAUUAGGUGAAAUGUUGACAGAACUCAGACCUGGCCAAGAAGAGCCGGAUGAUUACCAAUUGCUCAACGAUUUAACAGCUACUUGCAAGGAAAUGCAAUCACGCAUAGUCGACCUUAUUGGCCGUGUAACUGACGAUGAAUUAACUGCAGAGUUGUUGCGAAUCAAUGACGAACUAAACAACAUGUUUUUGCGUCAUCAGCGUUACGAAAAGAAUCGAGCAACAACCACCAGUAUGACUUCCCCGUCAGCUGUUCUGGGUGCUGCAAUGGGUGUGCCCACUUCAAAUGCGCCAGCAUCAAAUAUUACAGCUCCAGAACCUAAGUUGUUAGAUUUUCCAGAUAACAGUAAUGAUGAUGUGUUAAGUAGUUUUAAUCGUUUGGGUAUGAGUAACACAACGAAACCGAGCACUAAAGAUGCCGAUGAAUUCGACAUGUUGGCUCAAUCGCGUACCAAUGGUGGUAGCAACAAAAGUGAUUUAUUGAAAGACAUUCCAACAUUAGACGCUACCGCUGGCAGCGUGGGCUCUCCAUUUAAACGUACCGGCGGCAACAAUAUGCCGGUGGUAAGUAAAACUGUGAAAGAUAAUGAAAUCGAUGAAAUGGAAGCAUGGUUAGGCAGCGCUAAAACGGCAGAGGGUCUUGAGGAAACCGUAACUAGUUCAGAGUUUGACAAAUUUCUUGAGGAGAGAGCCGCUGCUGCCGAAAAUCUUCCCACAAUUAAUGCCACUAAUAAUUUAGAUAACGCUGCACAACCCACAGCCCAGCCUAAAGCCAAGAAACCCGAAGAAGACCUUCUAUUACUUUGAGCUUAUCUCUGCUGUAUCCUUUGCCUACAUGUGAAAGCCUCUUCAACGACGAUGACACCAUCUGUAUCAUCAACAUACGAUUAUAUAUAUUAAUAUUGGCUUUUAUUGUUUCUUUUUUUUUACUAAAUGUCUACUUGAAAUGCAAAAACAAAAAAAAAAUAA